AGGCGACCAGAGGGAAAAAAGCAGAGACAGCCGGAUUCCCGCCCGCUGCGACUGGUGCGGUGCGCCUUCGAAGACCGGCGGCACACUCGCUCAACCAACAGGCCGACUGACCCCCUUCCCAGCCCACUACACUAAACUCAUCCAACUCCCCUUCCCUUCUCCCAUCGCCAACAUCAACAACCCCGUCCUCCUAUCUCAUCCAUCCCGCACCAUCCCUCUCCUCCCGUCUACAUCCUCAUCUUGCCUGCUCUCUCCUCCCCAGUCGUGUUCGCUGCACGACCUUUUUAGAUUUCUUCGUAUUUGAUUUUCUUUUCGUCAACCUCUUAAUCUCUAUUUCAGCCACCAUGGAAGAGGAAGUCGCUGCCCUCGUCAUCGACAAUGGUUCGGGUAUGUGCAAGGCCGGUUUCGCCGGUGACGAUGCCCCCCGAGCCGUCUUCCCGUCCAUUGUCGGUCGUCCCCGUCAUCAUGGUAUCAUGAUUGGUAUGGGUCAGAAGGACUCCUAUGUUGGUGAUGAGGCACAGUCGAAGCGUGGUAUCCUGACUCUGAGAUACCCCAUCGAGCACGGUGUCGUCACCAACUGGGACGACAUGGAGAAGAUCUGGCACCACACCUUCUACAACGAGCUGCGUGUCGCUCCUGAGGAGCACCCCGUUCUGUUGACUGAGGCCCCCAUCAACCCCAAGUCCAACCGUGAGAAGAUGACCCAGAUCGUCUUCGAGACCUUCAACGCCCCCGCCUUCUACGUCUCCAUCCAGGCCGUUCUGUCCCUGUACGCCUCCGGUCGUACCACUGGUAUCGUGCUGGACUCCGGUGACGGUGUCACUCACGUCGUCCCCAUCUACGAGGGUUUCGCCCUCCCUCACGCCAUCUCCCGUGUGGACAUGGCUGGUCGUGACUUGACCGACUACCUCAUGAAGAUCUUGGCCGAGCGUGGCUACACCUUCUCCACCACCGCUGAGCGUGAAAUUGUCCGUGACAUUAAGGAGAAGCUGUGCUACGUCGCCCUCGACUUCGAGCAGGAGAUCCAGACCGCUUCCCAGAGCUCCUCCCUGGAGAAGUCCUACGAGCUUCCUGACGGUCAGGUCAUCACCAUCGGUAACGAGCGUUUCCGUGCUCCUGAGGCUCUGUUCCAGCCUAGCGUCCUGGGUCUGGAGAGCGGCGGUAUCCACGUCACCACUUUCAACUCCAUCAUGAAGUGUGAUGUCGACGUCCGAAAGGAUCUCUACGGUAACAUCGUCAUGUCUGGUGGUACUACCAUGUACCCCGGUAUCUCCGACCGUAUGCAGAAGGAGAUCACCGCUCUUGCUCCUUCCUCCAUGAAGGUCAAGAUCAUUGCUCCCCCUGAGCGCAAGUACUCCGUCUGGAUCGGUGGUUCCAUUCUGGCCUCCCUGUCCACCUUCCAGCAGAUGUGGAUCUCCAAGCAGGAGUACGACGAGAGCGGUCCUUCCAUUGUCCACCGCAAGUGCUUCUAAGGUAUGACCAACCCAGAGACUCGACAGGACCUGUCAUGAGCUGUAUCUGACCUUUUUUUCUUCCAGCAACUACAGCGGAUAAUGGUUUCUUUCGUUCCUUCGUACCUUUCCAGGUUGUACCAAAACGCAGGGCGAUGGCGGUGGCGGCUGAUGAUAGACCUUCUCUGAAUCGCAAUGUCAAGGCGAUAUCCUGCAUAGGGACAAAAUUGUGGAACAGAGACGGGCUAUUUGGAAGGGUCUUAACUCUGCCGGAGGAACUCCUUUGACGGUUGAUCGAUUCAGCGUAGGAAAGUCCAAGGUGUUGGAGAGGAAAAGUUGAAGAUACGAUUGAAGGCUCUUGAUAUUACUUUCAAUACUCGUACUUGGCCCCUUUUACCUUACCCGAUACUUCUUUUUCUUCCUAUCCACGGAAUCUGAGUUCCCGAAAAAAAAA